CACCAUCCCCGGUGAAGUUGGCGGAGUUUGGUCAUUGGUGGAAGCAAAAAAAAACACGAUUUCCUGUACCCGUCUGGAAAGCCCGAGAAAAGUUUAUUCGUCACGGUCGCCGGUAAAGCACUGGACCCUUUUGGCAUCUCUGACGAGUUUUUCGGUUAAAAACCCCCUCUAACGGGGCACCAAAUAAAGACUGCGGGGGCGGGUUAAAUCGUGCGUCAUCUGACCGACGUUUCCGCAGACGUAUCGGGUGGCGGGAGGCCGGGUAGCCCCUGCCCAUCGCGGAAUUCACAUUCUCUAAUUUGGGCGGAUGAGAGAAGGCGGCGGUGGAGGUUUUCGGCUCAGUAAUCGCCCCUCGAGGAGAUGACACCAGCUUCCCGGACAGAGGUCGGGGCUGACCCCUUCUCCAAAACCACACACAGAGUGAAACUCCCUCCACGCCGUCGCGUCGCACACUCCCGAGACCGCGAGGCUCGAAGCCAGAGAUCCGCUAUCGCAAGGAUGUUUCCCUUAAGCUUUUUGCUGCUCCUCGCCCCAGUGCACGGGGAAGCACCCUGCUCCCACCUGGAAUACCGAGGCGACCAUCGCUGCUGUAAGAUGUGCCCGGCUGGGAGCUACGUGGCCCAAGACUGCACGCUGACCAGGGAGACGCAGUGCCGGCCGUGCCAGGACGGGGAGUUCACGGCCUCCGACAACGGCCAGCUCAGCUGCCUCCGCUGCAAGGCCUGCGACCCAGGACACGGCCUGGAGGAGCUGAGCCCCUGCACCCGGACGAGUCCCAGGACCUGCAGGUGCGCCCCCGGGUUUGUCUGCAUGGCGUCGGAGCCGGGCAGGGCCUGCCUCUUCUGCAGGAGGGAGGACGCGUGCCCGGCCGGGCAGGGAGCUUCCAGCGCUGGUAACAAGUCGGGGGACGCGCUGUGCCGGCCCUGUGCUGCGGGAACCUUCUCCAGCUCUCCGUCGCGGACGCCCUGCCAACCCUGGACAAGAUGCAGUGACCUGGGCUUGUUCACCCUCCGGGACGGAACCUCGGUGUCGGACGCCACGUGCGGGCCUACCCCCGCGCAGCCGCCCUGGGUCCUCGCACUGGUGCUGGCAUGGGCACUGGUGUGUGUCCUCCUCCUGGUAAUCACGUGCCUGGUCUUCCGGAGGGCCAAUUCAUCAAGCAGAACCAAGAAACGCAUCCCCGAGCUUUCAUGAUUUUGUUCCCGGGCGGGAUGAGCUUCCAACAAACUUUUGACAUAGAUAGUUUGAUUUUUACUGUGGUUUAGUUUGCCUUGGAGGUGGAAAAAUAUCAGUGCCGGAUCGCGGAGUGAAGUUUCCCCAAGUUCAAAUCCAAAUGAGGUUUGGUGUUGAGCUGAGAACUGGGCCUUGCGAAAACAAGAAUAGCUUUAUGCAGAAAUACCAUCAAAGAUGGUAUUCUUCUUUUAGUUUUCCACUGUAAGUAUUUAUCGAAGUGUCCCUGUAUUUAUUGAGCUGUCUCAGCCUCUCACCGAACGAUAGGCUGUUCAGUGAUUUCCCACCUCUUUCUUACAAAAUUAUCUUAUUGUUUCGUACCGUGUGAUUUGCCAGAUGUGAAAUAAAAUGGUUUCCGACAGAUCAAUUUAUAGGUUCUUGCCUGC